AUGAGAAUCCCUGAGAUAUUGGCCAAAUUUGGAGAUGUGGUCAGUAGUUCAGACGAAUCAAAUCGGAAUAUUCAAUCUCUAGCAAUGCCAGGAGUCUCAAGUUCAAUGCCUGUUGGUUUCUCGUUAUUUGUGCCUGUCAUUGCACUUGAACUAGGGGGAUGUGGACAACCAGAUGCCAUCAAAGAUGUACUGCGGAAUGACGAUGACGUGGAGUCCGCUAUGAUUAACGAUGAUACCGAUGAUGAUCAAGGGAGGAAUAUUUCAAAUAUAGAGCAUGUCAUUUUAAGUGUGAAGACUUAUAGCAUCUGCCGUGUGGUUGAGUGCAAAGUACUAGAAUCAUAUCAUGUCAAGUACCAUGAAAAGUGUAAGGAGUUUGGAAACGGUUGCAGAGCUGAUGCGGCAGUAUCGAUCAAGAUAUUGCAGAAUGCAACUGAGGCUCACUUUGAAUUUAGAUUAACUUACAGGAGGAUUUUGAUGGUUAAGGAAAAGACAUUCCCAUCUUGUAUUGAGGCCUUUAGGCAUUGUAAUGCAUUGGUUAGCUUUGAUGGGACUCACUUGUACGGCAAAUAUAGAUGGACAUUGAUGGUUGCAAUUACUCAGGAUAGGAACUCUAAUAUCAUUCAUAUUGCCUUCGCACUUGUAGAGGGUGAGAAUACCGAGUCAUGGUCAUUUUUCCUAUCUCACUUUCGUCAACACGUAACGCCUCAGCCAGGUAUUCUAGUCAUAUUGAAUAAGCACAAUAGAAUCAAGGCCGCAUUGGAGGCUCCAUAUGGUGGAUGGCUUCCUCCGACUACAUAUCGUACAUUUUGUAUCCGACACGUUGCUGCAAAUUUUGCACUGAGUUUUAAGGGCAAGGAUGCAAGGAGCUUCUUGGUGAAUGCUGCUUACGCCAAGACUGGGGUGGAGUUUGAGUAUUGGUUUGACAUCCUCUGA